AUGAAUGGACUUUCUGAAUCGCAGAUUCAGUCUAUGAUUAGUCUUAAACCCCAAAUAUUGUUCUCAAGUGUGGAUAAAACCCUGAAGCCAAAAAUUGAGUACUUGCAGCUUCUAGGGUUUCAGGGAUAUGGGAGGUGGAUAAUCUCAAACCAACAAAGGGUUUUCAACAAUGCGGCUUUCCUCAAGAGUUGUGGGAUCGUUGGGUCUCAACUUUCAUUUUUACUGACACAUAACGCUAGUCUUUUUGUAAUAAGAGAGUCCCAGCUUCGAAGCUAUGUUUCGUGGGCUGUAAACUUGGGUUUCUCCAUAAACUCAGGGAUGUUGGUACAUGGGCUCCGGACAACUACUAGCAUGAGCAUUGGCAAAUUUGAGAACAAGUUGGAAGUAAUUCAGAGCUGUGGAUUUUCCAAAGAUGAGACCAUGCAAAUGUUCAGAAGAUCUCCAGGAUUGCUUAGCAGAUCUGAGGAGAGGCUGAAGUUUAAAAUUCAAGUGUGCUUGGUUAAAAUUAUGCUGCCGAAGUCACUACUGGUUAAUAGCCCUGUGAUUUUGAUGUUGAGCAUGGAGAAAAGGGUGAUUCCUCGAUGGAGGGUACGGAAAUUGCUAGUCUCAAAAAAUUUACUUAACGAGAAUCCCAGUUCUCUUCAAGUGCUUCUUUUGCAGGAGAAGAAAUUCUUGAAGAAAUAUAUUUCCAAAUUUAGAGAUAAUGAAGAGGCUUUAUUGGAGGCUUACAAGGGCCCACCAUUUGGAAGAUGCUUCUACAUAAUAGUGAUAAUUAAGUCUAGUACUAUCUCCGUUUCUUAA